AUGACACAUGUUCAUCAUAUUGAUGAUUUAGAGUUUGACACGAAUGAAAUGCUUGUGAAUUCGGACAUGAUACCCGCACAAAUGGAAGUCGUCAUGACGGAUGAUGGCGCAAUGGAAGGGUAUCCCUAUGAUCCAAUGGAAGUUUAUGAAUAUGAGUAUGACUACGAACCGGAUCAGGUGUUCGAGCAGGUCGACGUCGAAGAAGAGUCACCGAAUCAAGUUGUCGAUUGGAAAGAGGAGCAAAAACGAAAACUAGACAUGCAUGAGAUACUCGACGCUCUUCCGCGCGAGCAGCAAGAAGCAUUUUGCCGAUUGAUGAGAUCACGCGGUUAUGAGAUUGACGCGUCGCGAGCUCAACAAAAUCAGCAUUAUUUGGGCAAUUAUCGGCCAACGAAACGACGAUUUCGCGAGCGAUCCGAUGGCGGCCUUGAGUAUACCGAAACCGAUAACUACGACUAUCCCGAUGAGAACGUCAGCGAGGAUUAUAUUAAUACUAGUGUUGGGCAAGAAGAUGUCGAUACGAUGGUCGAUUUUCAAAAAGCAAAAGGCGGCGAAAGAAAAUGCUCCGGAUGCAAUAUGUUCCUUCGUCGAAGUGUUUAUUAUCAUCACGCGAGAAUGAUUCGCGAAAAAGGCGCUUGCAAUUUGUUCACACCCCAACGAUUCCCGUGCCCUCAGUGCGAUUGCAAACUGGGAACCCUGGAGAAGCUGUGUGCUCAUCUGGAGCAGAUUCACGAUGCUCCGACGCAAAUCAAAACCGAAAUUUUCGCGUCUGAAGAGGAAUUUAAUAAUUUCCGAAUCGAUCUCGAAGGACGCGGCGGCAAUUUUCGGAUGGCGCGCGGCAACAAAAAGAACAAAAAAGGAAUUGUGCAGUAUUUUCGGUGUAAUCGAACCCAGACGCUAGCGAGAAACGAAACAUUCCGGUUGGUUGAUAAUCCAACCGAAGAUGAGGUACGUUUGUUUGAUCGCAAUUCGCGACGAGACCAAUUCCCGCGCAAAUCGGCCGGCUCGAAACAGGUCAUUCGGACGGAGAACGCGUGCACGGCGUUCUACAAUAAAGCCUAUUUGGAUAAUGGACGAAUCGAAGUGCGCUAUUGCGAUCAUCAUCUUCACGACGACGAGAAACUUCGUCUACCGCAUCGGGUCCGAAUGCGGGUGCUCGAAUUGGCCCGCAAACAACUACCGCACGCCGUCAUACUCAUGAUAGUGAAAGAUGAGCGCGAGAUGUAUUGCGAGAAGGACUCGGCGAACGAUCGCCGAAUUCUUGAGAUGCGCACACAGGAUAUCCGGCAGAUUCUAUCCGGAAUUAGUCGACAGGAGCGAAUGAAAAUGCGAAAAGCGGACCGACAGACGCAACGAAUGCACGUGAUCGAGAAAGAAGGCGGCGUCAUCGUGACGACAUCGGAAAUGGCGGAUUCGACGACGCGCGUCCGAUACAGCUUGCCGCAUACGAUGAGAUGCAAUCGAUAUGAUUUGACGCCGCUGGAGCGACGAUAUUUGGAUUUGUUCGACAACAAUCGCGAGCUCGUGUUGAGCAAUAUUCAUGAGAGAUCGAGAACGGAGAAUCAGAAGCGGACACUGUAUGAUUCGUUCUUGACUAAAAUCACCGCCGCGCACGACACAUUCAAACACGUUUUGGGCCAGGAGCUCGCGCCGACGAACGAGUUGAUCUCGCGAUCGCAUAUGAUCAUCGAUUUGGCGCACAAACUACUUUACACUAUUCAAAAUGCGCACAAGGAGCCGAAAAACACGCCGUCGCAAAUGAGUUUUUUGAAAAUGAUGGAACAACGAUGCUAUAAAAUGAUGGAUCGCCGUCAGAAUCAUCAUCAGCAGCAGCAUCAUGAUGAGCAUCAUGAUGGCGAGGUGAUCGACGUUGUCGGUGUCGAUGAGAUGAUGGAAAUGGAAAUGUUCCAAUUCGACGACAAUUUGGCGCCGGCGCAGGAAAUUCGGCAAGAAAAAACGGAGAAUGAAAAACAAGUGAAGGAGGAUCGCGAUGAGGACGAGAACGACGAUGAAGCUCGAUGUCGAGAUGGGCGACAAGACGGCGAGGAUGAGCUCGAGAUCGAUAUGCGAUGCGACGAGGUGCUGGAUGGAAUCGAGGACGACGACGAAGCGGCGGCGGCAGCGCCGUGCUCGUCGACGUCGCGUCCGAUUGGUGGCGACGAGAAAUCGGGCGAAUCGAACGAGUUUCCGACGGUUGAGAUCAAAGAAGAGAAUGGAAAUGGAAGGAAACGCGCGCGACGGCGGACAACGACGGCCGAUGGUGGCGGCGGAGAGGCGAAGAAGCCGAGGAGAAGCUCGAAUAAGUUUGUUGAGGUCGACGUCGAACAAGUUGAAAAAUCGCCACCUCGUGCUCAAGCCGAGAAGAUCACGACGCGAACUGGACGAGUUGUGAAGUCUCGAACGAUUUUUGAGUAA